GGGGGCUCUUGCAGGUCGGCCCGGGCUGGAAACACCGCGGAAAGAAGGAUCUUCUUUCCCUCGGGUCUCCAGCUGCAGUGUUGAUGCCUCCCUAGAGGGCUUCUUUCCUGUGUGGCGGUGUGAUGAUUUAAGGACCACAGUGCAGCAAUGGAUAGUGAACCAAACCCUGGAACAUCUUCUGUGUCGACAACAACCAGUAGCACCACUACCACCACCAUCACCACUUCUUCCUCUCGAAUGCAACAACCACAGAUCUCUGUCUACAGUGGUUCAGACCGACAUGCUGUACAGGUAAUUCAGCAGGCAUUGCAUCGGCCGCCUAGCUCAGCUGCUCAAUACCUUCAGCAGAUGUACGCAGCCCAACAGCAGCACUUGAUGCUGCACACAGCAGCUCUCCAGCAGCAGCACCUGAGCAGCUCCCAGCUUCAGAGCCUUGCUGCCGUUCAGGCAAGUUUGUCCAGUGGAAGACCACCUACAUCCCCCACAGGAAGUGUCACACAACAGUCAAGUAUGUCCCAGACAUCUAUCAACCUCUCCACUUCUCCUACACCUGCACAGUUAAUAAGCCGUUCCCAGGCUUCCAGUUCUACCAGCGGCAGUAUUACCCAACAGACUAUGUUACUAGGGAGUACCUCCCCUACCCUAACGGCAAGCCAAGCUCAAAUGUAUCUCCGAGCUCAAAUGCUGAUUUUCACACCCGCUACCACUGUGGCUGCUGUACAGUCUGACAUUCCUGUUGUCUCGUCGUCAUCGUCAUCUUCCUGUCAGUCUGCAGCUACUCAGGUUCAGAAUUUAACAUUGCGCAGCCAGAAGUUGGGUGUAUUAUCUAGCUCACAGAGUGGUCCACCAAAAAGCACUAGUCAAACUCAGUCAUUGACAAUUUGUCAUAACAAAACAACAGUGACCAGUUCUAAAAUCAGCCAACGAGACCCUUCUCCAGAAAGUAAUAAGAAAGGAGAAAGUCCAAGUCUGGAAUCACGAAGCACAGCUGUCACCCGGACGUCAAGUAUUCACCAGUUAAUAGCACCAGCUUCAUAUCCUCCAGUUCAACCUCAUCCUCUAAUAAAACAUCAGCAGAUCCCUGUUCACUCAGCACCGCCCAGGGUCGCCCAUCAUCAGCUGGUACUGCAGCAGCCGCAGACUCAGCUUCCGGUCACACUUCCGGGCUCGGUCCAGGACCCUCCCCCACCUCAGCAUUGCCUUCCGCUCCCUAACCACGGCCUUCCCGCUGGGGCUGCCCAGCCACAGCACUGUUCCCCGAUUCAGAGUCACGCUCCUCCUUUAACAGUGUCCCCGAGCCAGUCACAAUCAGCACAGCAGUCGGUAGUGGUGUCCCCUCCACCGCCUCAUUCACCAAGUCAGUCUCCUACUAUAAUUAUUCACCCACAAGCCCUUAUUCAGCCACACUCUCUUGUGUCACCGGCUCUUCAGUCAGGACCAAACUUGCAGCAGUCCACUGCUAACCAGGUGCAGCCUUCACCUCAGCUGAGUCUUCCAUCCCAUCUUCCACUUACAGCUUCCCCUGUUGUACACCUUGGCCCAGUGCAGCAGUCUGCCUUGGUGUCCCCAGGUCAGCAGAUUGUGUCUCCAACAUCACACCAGCAAUAUUCAACCCUGCAGUCUUCUCCAAUCCCAAUUGCAACUCCUCCGCAGAUGUCAACAUCUCCUCCAGCUCAGAUUCCACCACUGCCCUUGCAGUCUAUGCAGUCUUUACAAGUGCAGCCUGAAAUUCUGUCCCAGGGUCAGGUUUUGGUGCAGAAUGCUUUGGUGUCAGAAGAGGAGCUUCCAGCUGCAGAAGCUUUGGUCCAGUUACCAUUUCAGACUCUUCCUCCUCCACAGACUGUUGCAGUAAACCUGCAAGUACAACCACCAGCACCUGUUGAUCCACCAGUGGGAAUGCAUUUGAACCAGUGUCAUCUGCACAAAGUUUUUUCUCUUAAGGUCUAUCAAGUAGAAGAUGUGUGUGAAGAGGAAAUGCCCGGAGAACCAGAUGAAUGUGUCCGGAUGGAUAGAACCCCACCACCCCCUACACUGUCUCCAGCAGCUGUAACUGUGGGGAGAGGGGAGGAUUUAACUUCUGAACAUCCUCUGUUAGAGCAAGUGGAUUUACCUGCUGUGGCAUCAGUCAGUGCUUCAGUAAUUAAAUCUCCAUCUGAUCCUUCACAUGUUUCUGUUCCUCCACCUCCACUCCUACUACCAGCUGCUACCACAAGGAGUAGUAGUACAUCUAUGCCCAGUAGCAUUCCCAAUAUAGAAAACAAACCUCCACAGGCUAUUGUUAAACCACAGAUUUUAACCCAUGUUAUUGAAGGCUUUGUGAUUCAGGAAGGAUUGGAGCCAUUUCCUGUGAGUCGUUCAUCUUUGCUGAUAGAACAGCCUGUGAAAAAAAGGCCUCUUUUGGAUAAUCAGGUGAUAAAUUCUGUGUGUGUUCAGCCAGAGUUACAGAAUAAUACAAAGCAUGCAGAUAAUUCAUCUGACACAGAAAUGGAAGACAUGAUUGCUGAAGAUACAUUAGAAGAAAUGGACAGUGAGUUACUCAAGUGUGAAUUCUGUGGGAAGAUGGGAUAUGCCAAUGAAUUUUUGCGUUCAAAACGAUUCUGCACUAUGUCAUGUGCCAAAAGGUACAAUGUUAGCUGUUCUAAAAAAUUUGCACUUAGUCGUUGGAAUCGUAAGCCUGAUAAUCAAAGUCUUGGGCAUCGCGGCCGACGUCCAAGUGGCCCAGAUGGGGUAGCAAGAGAACAUAUCCUUAGGCAGCUUCCAAUUACUUAUCCAUCUGCAGAAGAAGACUUGGCUUCUCAUGAAGAUUCUGUUCCAUCUGCUAUGACAACACGUCUGCGCAGGCAGAGUGAGCGGGAAAGAGAACGGGAGCUUCGAGAUGUGAGAAUUAGGAAAAUGCCUGAGAACACUGAUCUGCUACCAGUUGCACAAACAGAGCCAUCUAUAUGGACAGUUGAUGACGUCUGGGCCUUCAUCCAUUCCUUGCCUGGCUGCCAAGAUAUCGCAGAUGAGUUUAGAGCACAGGAGAUUGAUGGACAGGCCCUUCUCUUGCUAAAAGAAGACCAUCUUAUGAGUGCAAUGAAUAUCAAGCUAGGCCCAGCCCUAAAGAUCUGUGCACGCAUCAACUCUCUGAAGGAAUCUUAACCGUAUCAUGAGGCUUUCAGAUAACAGCAGUUUUUCUCUUAAACUUGUAAGGUAAAGGCUCAAGUUGGCCUCAAAUAUUGUCACUUAUUGUGGUGGAUACCCAAGCACACUGACAUCGCCACAUCAAACGCUGACAUUUCUUCUACAGAGUAACAAUUCAUUAUAGAUUUUUGUAAUUAGCCAACAUUGGUGAAAUUAAUUUUAGAGGUUACAUGCAACAUUGAAAGCCUUGUUAUAGAGGGCCAUGAUAUUUUUCAAAGAAAUGUGUUAUACUAAAUUUUUUUAAAGGUGAUGUUUAUCAUUAAUAUAAAGGAUCCUUUUAAAAGUAAUAUAAUGAUUUACAUUUUUCCUCAUUUAAUUUGAUUUUCUUACAUGCUUUUCUACCCUCUAAGUUUUCUUAGGGUGUCAUGAGAGAGAUAAUUAAGGAGUCCAGCAGCUAGAAUAGUAUGUGAGGUAUCAAUGUGCAUUUUUUGAAAAACUUGUCUGUAGACAAUUGCUCUGUCUAUAAAAAGGAUUGUCCUCUAGCAUGAAUAAUACUGAUCUGAAGUCAGAAGAGUUGGUUUCUAUUCCAAACUUGACCAAGAAUUUAGUGUGACUGAGAAAGUUAGUUUUUCUCUUAGUUUUUAUACAUUUUAGAGCAGUGGUUAUCAAACGAAAGUCAGAUUUGCUCCCCAGGGGACAUUUGGCAAUAUCUAGGGACAGUUUGGCUGUCGUAGCUUGUGGGUGGGGUUGCUGUUGGUGUCUAGUGUGUAGUGGUUAGGGGAGUUGUUAAAUUUUCUACAGUGUACAGGACAACCCUCCACAGCGAAGAGUUAUCUGGCCCAAAAUGUCAGUAGUGCCAAGGCCGAGAAACCCUGAUGUAGGAGUGAUAAAUGUUGCUGUUUUUCACCCAAGGAGAUAUUUUUAAAAGAUGGAACUUAAUAAGGGAUGCAUUAUACAAUGGACGUAUUUAAGAUAGUAUUAAUGUCCUGCUGAAGCAUUCUUCCUAGUUUCAUUCAUACUAGAAAAGGAGGAGAAAAUCCAUUAAAUUGGCCUAUAAGGACUAGGUACCAAUAUUUGACUCUCAGAAAGUACUCAUUCAUAUUAUCUUUCAUAUUUUUCUGCUCCUCUGCACUGAUGAAGGCAUAAUAUGAUUAUACCUUAUGAGCCAGUGCACAGCCUUUGCUGGCAAGGCAAUAGUUUGUAACAGGUAGAUAUUUGAUCUUUGGAUUUUUCUGAUGUUGAACAUGCUGGGUCUAGCUAGAAUGCACAUUCCUUUUCCCUUGACUAAACCCUUGCAUGCUUCCUGCAAAGGACUUACCAAGUGUUAUUUCUUGGAUAAUCAAACCUAAUUUGUAUUUGUUUUAGGGGAAAAAACUUCAAAGCAAAACUUUUUACUGAAAAGUUAGUGUUCUGUUAGAAUUACGACACUAAAACAAAUUUUUGUGGUAGCCCUGAAAGCUUUGUAGUCUUGGGCAUCAAAAAUUUGUUUUAAUCUUCCUUUAUCUUAUCUUUACCACAAUGAAAAUGUUUUGGUAACUGAAGGAACAUACAGAGAAAUUUGCCAGAAGUUCAGUGAAUGGGAAGAGUCCAUGGGUUUCAGUCAUUGUCACUGCUCUUUUCAAAAAGAUUGUGUUGAGCUAGUAGAAGACUAAAGAUGUCAUUAAAGACAUUACAGAUAUUUAUCUUUCAGCUUUGUGUACAUUAGAAAAUGUUGAUUAUUUUUAUACAGAAAUACAGCGGGUAAUUUUUUUAAUCUUUAGAUGCUUCUUGUUUGAAUGUAUGCUUUGUGGGAUUCUUUUGUGUAGUAAUGUUUUUAAAAAAGAUGUUUACUAAUAGUUAUGUGUAGGAUUAGAAUGUGUAAUACAGUGUAAGGCUCAUGUUCCAGACCUACAAUAGCUUGUAGUCAAUGUUACAUAUUUCUUUAUUUCACAUUUUUAAUUAUUGAAUUAAAGUUUCAAGGAAAGGUA